UAGACUAUAUACAUUUUUUUUUUCUUUUACGACAUAUACUUUGCCGUAAACAAAUGCGAGCUUCCGGAUUACAGAAAGAACACGAGCAUUUCGGAGUAAUCGAGAGCAAACACUAAAAAAUCACUCAAAAUGAAUAUCAGAUGCGCAAAACCAGAAGACCUAAUGAAUAUGCAGCAUUGUAACCUGUUGUGCCUGCCUGAAAACUACCAGAUGAAGUAUUAUUUCUACCAUGGUCUCUCUUGGCCCCAGCUCUCGUAUGUUGCGGAAGAUGAAGAAGGUCAUAUAGUAGGAUAUGUAUUAGCGAAAAUGGAGGAAGAUCCCGAGGAUUCUGUUCCCCACGGACAUAUCACAUCAUUGGCGGUGAAGCGAUCUCACCGGCGACUCGGGCUGGCUCAGAAGUUGAUGGAUCAAGCCUCGAGGGGAAUGAUAGAAUGCUUCGAUGCCCAGUAUGUCUCGCUUCAUGUCCGGAAGAGUAACCGCGCUGCCCUACAUCUCUACAAAAACACGCUCAAAUUCUCAGUGAGUGAAAUAGAACCAAAGUAUUAUGCAGAUGGAGAAGAUGCAUAUGCAAUGAGGAGAAAUCUAGGCGAAUUUCGAGAAAAGGUCGGCUAUUGUUCCUCCUUUAUUCUUUUCAAUGCCAACCAAAUAUGAAAGACAUGUUGUUUGUCUCAGUUUUUUGUUCAAUAUUCAUUAGCUGAAGUACGAUUUACGUGGGCAGUCUUCAGGAAAAAUUGCUACCUUUAUCAUUUCUAUUGGGUCUAUAAAAUUUAACCUUGAAGUAACCCAUUUCGCUGGUAAAAUUUUUCAAAACUUUGUUUUAUCAUUUGUGGCUGAAUUAGUGUUUGUAGUAAAAAGAAAAGAUAUAAAGAAAUUGAAUCCCAGCAGCCCUAUGGAAUAGUGAAUCAAAAAAGAUUUCAUUUACACUACACAAGUUUAGUAAUUUGCCCUUUUUUAUGUGGUUUAAAUUUCCGAAAAUGGCUAUAACUUCAGCUUAUUUGCAGGAUCAUAAACCUACAAAUAGCGGAUGAUUUGGAUUCAAUAUUCUAUGUGGUGGAUCAAAGUGAAGUCAGGAAUGGAUUUGACCACCACAUGUAAUAUACACAUCUUGUUACUGUAAAUCACUCUUCAUUCGCGAGCACUCUAUUUUCGUGUAAAUUCAUGAGGUGCUUUGACGCGAAAAUAAGGUUCUCGUGAAUAAUAUCUUUUGCAUAUAUUAUUAUGAACAAAUGGAACGUUCACCAACAUUCUGUCUCUAUGAUGAAUCUGACAAAGCGACAUCUUGAAAAUAAAGGUUUGCGAAAUACAUGUGGUUUACAGUAAAUAAAUGUAAAAUUGAUAAAAAGACCAGAAAAAGGACAAUUUCACAUUUACUUGGGACCUUGUAAAUCAGUACAUUGCCGAGAAUUGUGUGGUUUUCUCUCGUAAGUCAUGUGACCUUAUCAGCAUCACUCGUACUGUGAUCAGGUGAAUGUCCUCGGAUUCAUCACGGUGAUUGGACAACAUAUCUAGAUAAGAAGGUUUAGUUUAGUUUUGUAUAUUUGUUUGACAGCAAGGCCUCAUUGUCCAAACUAUUGCAGAAUAACACAAUCAUUAGCAAGGUACUGCCUACAAAGUCUGAAGUGAAAGUGAAGAUGUGAAAAAGUCCUAAUUUCAAAUAAUUAUGUGUAUAGCAUGCACUGAGUGACGGUGUCAUUAUUUACCUGAAUGUUUGGAAUCACAUACAAUACAUUUUGUGUUUGCUUUUUUGUCAGUUUUACAAGACGUUUUCUUAUUUAAUGGCAAAUUAAUCUCAAACUGCUUCCAUGUAUACGGCUUAGAACAAUUAACGUUUUGAUUCUCGGCUAGAAUUUUCAAAAUUCUGUCUGACGGGCCGGGUUUAAAAUUCAUAUUUUGUAUUUAUUCACAUGAGCCCGUCAUGAAUUGACCCUCUCAAUUCUAUAUUUACAAAAUAGACAGUGUCAAAUCUUAAUAAGACAAAAAAUUGUGACAAGCCCCUGUUUAUUCAUUGUACUCCACUGUUGCAUGAUUUUGUAUGAGUUAAUUCUAUUCAUUAUAAGAAAUUUUAAAUAAAUAUUGAAUAGGGUUCUUAUUCAUUGUAUAAAUAAUUUAUUUCCUUCACUUAAAACUUUAAUUAUUUAUUUCUAUCUUUUAAACUAUGAGGCAUAGAUUUAUCAUUGUAACCUUAAACAUUUAUACUAUUCUAUUGAUAUUCAAAAAUUUAUUAUUUAAUGCAUAGAAACUCGAGUAAAUUGAGCAAUAUGGUAGCUUUCAGAUCGACACAGCAGUGACCUAGAAUCAUUAGAUUUAUUUUCUGUAAUUAAGAGAAUGGGACACAGCUAAGGAAAUGUUUUUUCAUCUUUACAGUAUGGAUUAAAAGCACAGGCAGAAGCAGGACCAUCGUCAUGACAACAGUGACAUAGGAGAAGUCAUUAGUUUUAUUUUCGAUUUAAAGACUUUUUUGUUUGCUAUCGGAGGAAGUGGAAUGUGUGAUACUGACAUCAGACUUGCAUGUGAUGUCAUCAAAACACGAUAUUCUGAACUUCACGCGUGGCAGUUACCACUACAUAUACACAUGUGCAUUUUUAUUCACAUUAAUGAUUUUUUUUUUUCUUCUUAAGAUUUACAUGUAGCUUAAAAUCCUUGUGAAUUAUUGAAUUGUGCAUUUAAGAUCCAAGAUGAAAUAUAAAAUAUUAUGCUAUAAAGCUA